GCUUUUUCGUAUGGAUCGAGUUCGUUGAUCUCGAUUGUCUGAACUGAAGUGAAGAAGAAAAGAGAGAAAGACAAAUUUCAGGUUUACUGUGCUUUUGUUUUUGAUUUUGCUGCUGAGGAGGUUCGUAGCUCUUUCAGCAAGAUGCUGAAGAAAAAGGAGGAAGAUGAAGGAGUGGUAGUGAACCCGUUUGCAAAUCUGGAGAAAAGUGCAGUUCUUCAGGAGGCACGGAUCUUCAAUGAAACUGCACCUGAUACGAAGAAAUGUCGCCACGUACUCACGAAGAUCAUGUUCAUGAUCAACCAGGGCGAGACCAUUGGAACGAAGGAAGCCACCGAGACCUUCUUCUCCAUGACUAAAUUAUUCCAAUCUCAAAAGCCCGUCAUCCGACGCUUGCUGUACCUGGCUAUCAAGGAAAUGGCCAACGUGUCGGAGGAUGUCAUCAUUGUCACUAGCAGCUUGACCAAGGACAUGACUGGAAAGGAGGAUCUGUACAGAGGUGGUGCUAUUCGUGCACUGUGCAGGAUCACUGACAGCACAAUGAUCCAAAGUAUUGAGAGGUACAUGAAGCAAGCCAUCGUCGACAGGAAUCCGACUGUAGCAAGUGCCGCGCUUGUGUCUUCCGUUCAUAUGCUGUUGAAGGGCAAUGAAGUGGUGAAGCGCUGGGUCAAUGAGGUUCAGGAAGCUGUGUCCAGCGAGAACAGGAUGGUUCAGUAUCAUGCCCUUGGUUUGCUGUACCACAUCCGCUCUGCUGACCGUAUGGCUGUUAGCAAGCUUGUCGCCAAGCAUACCAAGUCGUCAUUAAGGUCGCCCCAUGCUACAUGUCUCUUGAUUCGCAUUGCUGCCAAAGCAUUGGAAGAAUCUGAGCCUGGCUCUGCCCCCAGCGACUUGAUCAAUUUCCUGGAGAGCUGUGUCCGGAAUAAGAGUGAGAUGGUUAUGUACGAAGCUGCACGUUGUCUUGGUCAGCUCACUGAUGCUAAGGCUCGCUCCAUCACAACCACAGCAGUUUCAACUCUCUCCAUCAUGCUCAACUCUCCGAAGCCGACUCUGCGAUUUGCUGCUCUCCGUGCGCUCAACAAGAUGGCUAUGCAGGAUCCGUCACUGAUCCAGAUAGUCAAUCAUGAUUUGGAACUUCUCAUCACUGACAGCAAUCGUAGCAUUGCAACACUGGCAAUCACCACACUGCUCAAGACUGGCCAAGAGAACAAGAUUGACUUGCUGAUGAAACAGAUCUCCACAUACAUGGGUGACAUUGCUGAGGAGUUCAAAGUGGUCAUUGUUGAUGCUAUCCGCAACCUUUGCUCAAGGUUCCCGAAAAAGUACCCAGCCAUGUUGUCAUUCCUUGGGACUGCUUUGAGGGAAGAGGGUGGUGUUGAGUUCAAGACGGCCAUUGUGGAAGCUAUCAUCAACAUCCUGGAAGAGAACCCCGAAGCCAAGGAUACCUGUCUGGGUCACUUGUGCGAGUACAUUGAGGACUGUGAGCAUGUCAACCUGGCUGUGCGUGUACUGCAUCUUGUUGGUGUGGAAGGAUCGCGUUCAUCUCGUCCAAACACGUAUAUCCGCUAUGUCUACAACCGUGUCAUGCUGGAGAAUGCUCAGAUCAGAGCCGCUGCUAUUACUGCCCUCGCUAAAUUUGGUGCGGCUGAUGCUGAGCUUUUGCCCAGUAUCCUUACUCUUCUGGAGCGGGGUCUGUAUGAUACGGAUGAUGAAGUACGCGACCGCGCCACGUUCUACUAUCAUCUACUCAAAGACCAGCAGAAAUCACACAUCAACACGUAUGUGCUGAAUCGCCUGCCCGUUUCCAUUGUCGGCCUGGAGAGUGCCCUGUUCACGUACAUGAAUGACACUAGUCAGCAUGAUGUACCGUUUGAUAUCAAGACAGUACCUCUGGAGACAUCAGCGGACUCAUCUAGACUUGGCACAGCUACAUCUGGUGCCUCCACAGCAGCUUCACUGACCACCGGCUCAGCAUCAGCAAGCGGUGCAGCAGCGGCAGCAAAGACUGGUGCCUCUGCUCAAGAUGUGUACUCAGAGCAACUGGCUGCCAUUCCAGAGUUUGCCGACCUGGGCCCUCUCUUCCGUUCGUCUAUCAAACCAGUGGAGCUGACCGAGUCCGAAACAGAGUAUGUCGUCCGCUGUGUCCGCCACAUGUUCGCCAAUCACGUCGUCUUCCAGUUUGACUGUACAAAUACACUAAACGAUCAACUGCUGGAGAAUGUAAGCGUGGCCUUGGAGACUGGCGAUGAGGGCUUUGAGUUAGUGAACACCGUACCAAUUGCCCGAUUGCCGUACAACCAGCCGUCCACAACGUACACAUGCAUGGCACUGGAUGAAGAUCCCAGUCUAUGUGCAAGUGGAUCCUUCUCGUGCACAUUGAAAUUCAUCGUCAAGGACUGUGACCCCGUUACUCAAGAACCGGACGGUGGAGAUGGAUAUGAAGAUGAAUAUGUGCUCGAGGAUCUCGAGGUGACACUGGCCGAUCAUAUGUCCCCGCUGGCCACAUCGAGUUUCUCAACAACAUGGGAAGAGCUAGGAGAGGACAAUGAGGAUGAGGAUACUUACGCCCUGACCAGCAUGAAGAGUCUCGAAGCUGCUGUUGAUCAGGUGAUGCAGUUCAUGGGUAUGCACGCUUGUGAGCGCACCGGGAAAGUGCAAGAAGGAAAAUCGACGCAUGUGCUCCUACUGGCCGGCAUGUUCCGCAAUCACGAGAAGGUCCUCGUGCGCGCUCGCCUCGCGCUCACCGACAGUGUCACCAUGAAAAUUGCCGUUCGCUCAGCCGACGAUGUGCUGCGACAGGUUGUAGUAUCAUCCGUUGGUUAGAUUGUCUUUGCACGUCCCUUGUCAACAUGUAUUUCUCUGUGGAACAUUGAGCAUUUACUCUUAACAUACAUAUAGCUCCAUUUUUUCCAUUAAGUUUUAAAGACCUUAAUUUUCUCCUGCUCUGGUUUUUACCACAACUGUUCUUGCGCUGUAUCAUAACAAUCAUGCACUGCUUGUUUUGUUGUUGUUGUUGUUGUAGUGUUGUUGGUUUUUUUCAUUUCUGUGCGUUGUUUUCACAUUGUUAUCGUUUGAUUCCUAUCUGCUUGGAAGUAGUUCAUGUUUGCAUUUCACUAUACUUGUACAACUAGUGCCCCGGCCAGAUAAUCGGGCCCUAUCA